GAAAAGCAAUUCUUGGAAAAGAAAAGAGAAUAAAACUAACAUCUAUUUAAAAAAUAAUAAAAAAGAAAUUGAGUCUUUUUUACCUGCCUUUAAAUUUACGCUGGAGUUUCCCUCCUAUAGUUAAGCAUCUCUAUGAGCAGCAACAGUUUUUGGCGAAAUUUCCGUCUAUCCCGGUUCUCAUGGACUAAAAAUCCAAUCCUUCCUUUAUAUAAUUUUCCUGUGCGUCGUUCAAUGGGCUCAUCUGCUCCUACGGGUCGUUUAAGCCUCAGUCAACGUGUGAAGGAUCUUACAAAAAAGUAUGGCUGGUGGGCUCUGGGAGUAUACUUAGGCAUCUCUGCCAUCGAUUUUGGAAUAUCCUUUGCUUUUGUUCGUACAUUAGGCACAGAGAAGAUUGGUUACAUUGAACAAUCGGUAGUGGGAAGCCUCCGUCGCUUCUUCAAUUGGGAACCCAACGAAGUUCCCUCCCCAGAUGAGCCUCAAACGUAUCAUUCUAGCAUAUGGACAGAAAUGGUCGUUGCUUAUGGGAUUCAUAAGGCUUUGAUUGUAGCUCGCUUACCCAUCACAGCUGCAAUUGUUCCUCCUCUAGUAAAGCGAUUCCGGGGCAGAAAUAUGCGAUUACGAUAAAUUGAACCAUACUUCUACAUAAAUUGUUUUCCUUGUUUUACGAUUUCCAGAAGAAAAAAAUAAGAACAGCAUGAGUUUUAAUAAGAAUGUAUCUUUUUUCGUUAUCCUCCUCUUGAUCGUAAUGAAACAAUCCAACAAAUGUUUUCCCAGCUCACCAUACAGGUAAUCUUGUUUCUAACUUUUUAUAUUACGGUUCUGUACAAUAAAAACAUAUUUUCUAUUUGAAUGGAACAAAAACUACAAACACCAUAUAUUGUGUGAAGCUUCUUACCAAAACACCAUUUUUAUAUUAAAAAUAAGCAACAAUGACAAAUACAUGCUAACGAGCCAAUGUUAUAUCAUCAAUCUUCAUGAUCAUCUUUGUCGUCUCAGCAGCCAGCUGAAUAGAGCUAAUAUUAACAAGAACGGGCUGUAAGACCUUCUCCUCCAAAAUGUCUGUAACAAUUCCUUUACGAACAUUGAUACCAGCAGUUUUCUCUCCGUUUGCAUGACGGCUGCGAAGUUCUGUGACGACUUGAAUAGCACUUAAACCAGCGUUUUCGGCAAGGGUAACGGGAAUGAUUUCUAAAGCUUCUGAAAAUGCACGGAAGCAAAGAGCCUCUCGCCCUUCCAACGUACGAGCCACAUCCAAAAGGUGCUGAGCAGCCUCAAUUUCUGGAGAGCCACCACCAGGAAUCAAAGCUCUUUGCUUAACAAGACAACGAAUAACGCACAACGCAUCAUGAAGAGAACGCUCGGCUUCUUCUAAUGUAAGAAGGUUUGCUCCUCUACAAAGAAUUGACACAGUUUUACCAGCGUUCUUUACGCCCAUAAACUUGACAAUUUUUUCACCAGAUGAAGAGGCUUCUUCUACCAAGUCAGCAUGGCCCAAUUUAUCUUCAGUAAAGGAUUCAAUGUCGGCAAUAGGCUUGCAGCCUGUGGAUUUACAAAUAAACUCGACUUCAUCACGUUCAAUGUCCUUGAUGACCAUAAUUUUAAGCUUGGCCAAGAAAUGAAGAGCCAAAUCGUUGACGGCAUCACGAAGAAUGGAUUUCUGAAUGAGGAUUACAUUAGCACCAGACUUCUUAAUUUUCUUGCACAUGUUGAGUAAAUAUUGACGUUCUUCUUUCAAAAUCUUAUCCAUUUGACGAUAAUCAUUCACGACUAUUUGAUUUUCCAUAUCGGGCUUGGGAGGAGAAAGUUGGAAUUGAACAAGAGCGAUGUUUGCCUUUUCCAUCCGAGACGGUCCACCAGCCGUUUUCACAGCAGUCUGCGUUAAUGCAAGACCAGGAAUCAAUUCGGUGUCAUCAAUAAUACCACCAAGCUUCUUUACAAUACGAAUGUCCUUCAAAUCAACGUUUGUAGCGACACGGGGAUCAAUCACCUUCAAUACAGCAUCCACGGCAAUAGGGGCGAGCAAAGAGCUAUAUUGGGAGACAAUUUUAGAGUUCAAAGACGUGGUAGCGGCACGUAAGAGCGAUUCUCUGUCUGAUAAUUCAAUAUCGAGAGCUCCCUUUUUCAUGCAUUCAACAGUAACUUCAGCGGCACGCUGGAAAGACUCAGCAAUCACAGUAGGAUGAAUACCCUUUUUCAAAAGUUUCUCUGCACAACUAAGCAUAGAUCCUGCUAAAACUACAACACUUGUCGUGCCAUCUCCUGCCUCUACAUCUUGAGCUGCACUCAAGUCUACAAGCAUCUUAGCAGCAGGAUGAAGGACUGACAAAUGCUUCAAAAUAGUAGCACCAUCGUUCGUUAACACAACCUCGCCUUUUCCGGUUUGAAUCAUUUUAUCCAUUCCUCUAGGUCCUAAACUCGUGCGAAUCGCGUCUGCAACGGAGCGCGCAGCAGUAAUGUUCGACAAGCGAACUUCCUGAGGCUUUUCUCGGUCCUGAAAUGCCACUUGAGACGUUGCAGCUUUCGACAUUGUUGUUCGUUUAGGAAAGGCAGAAUUGAGCUGUUUCUUUAAAGAAGGUCUGAGCUGCAUAAUAGUGA